AUGCGUGAUGCAGUAUUAGGCCAGGCCCAAUUGCCAAACGACAUGCCUCGAAAUCUUGACCAAGACUCAAUCGAACUCGCAGAGAUCCUCUCGGAAGGCAGAACAGAAUCCAGAGUUCAGCAGGUCUCUUCUAAGUCCUCUCUCGAUAAACAAACCCUCCUGCGGCUAAUCAGCGCUGGCUUUUCUUUCUUCGUUGCUGGCCUGACUGAGGGCACAAAAGGNGUGAUUCGAGACUAUGGUAUCAACACAGCAAUCCUCUCUAGUGUGCAUAAUGAAGCUAGCAUGGACCCAGUUGAGUCUACAGAGCACGCACCAAAUGAGCCAAGCGCGGUUAGACUCAUCAAGAAAACUUUCAUGGAGAAGAGUUUCUGGAAUCUGAGCCUCUUCUAUUUUUUCUAUCUUGGAGCCACCAUAACGGCAAGCGGAUGGGUCGUCGAAUACCUCGUGAACGUCCGCAAAGAAGAGCCUAUCUUCAAGCUAACAUGCAAUAAGNNUGUCCCAAAUACCAUUGCAGCUGCUGUUGCGAUCAGUCUAGUCGGUUUCUUCUCCGGCCCUCUCUUUGCUACGGUAAGCAUAAUGAAGUCGUGCCCGGUACAAGACAUGCUAAUCAAAACANNGGGUAUAUCUGUUGGCUCUCGACUCUUCCCGGCAGAGAUUCGAUCAACGGCGCUUUCACUGGUUUUCGUGUUUGCGCAGAUUGGUGGUUCCUUGUUUCCAGUCAUCACAGGACUUGUCAGCUCCAGCAAGGGCGUUUGGGUACUCCAGCCAAUUCUAGUGGGCUUGAUCUCAUCGACUGCCAUAAGCUGGCUGUUGGUACCUCAACCCAAGUCUUCGAAUGUAGAGCUGCAUCAAGAGUAG